UGUCUUGCAAUGCGGCUUUGGCAUCAGUGGUCUACAAGUCAUGUAUUCUGUAAGACUUGCACUCUUGGCCAGUUUGGUUGUCGCAACAGCAGGCACAUACACUCUGGAGGAUCUAAAGCAUGUAGUGACCACUGAUGAGAAAAUUUGGAUCCGUUGUACAAAUCAUCAUAUUAAGCGCGACUGCAUACAUAUGAAAAUACAGCGAUUCUUCCGCAACUACCAUUUGCUCCAGCAUUACAAGGUUCAACGAGCUAGGGAACGCAGACUAUAUAUUGCAAGACUGUCAAAUGGUGAAAGAGGACAUCAUGGACCAAUAAUGUAUCUUACUGGAACAGAAGGAAUACGACCACCAACCACAGCCUACACCUUGAUUUUCUGGGACCCUCUCGAGCACUGUGCAGUAUUUGAACAGACAGACAGUGGUAAGAAAGCAUGCCAUAUGUACGUGUGGGAGGAUCGCCUUUACCAAAGCGUACCGAAAUGUGAACAUGCAUAUCAGGCUUGCGCGAAAUACAUAUGCCCUCCAUACAAGCGCCACUGCGGGCAAAAGGGAAAAUAAAUAUUUUUUAUGCUUC